AUGGCCACUUGGGAGGCGGCUGGUGUACCCGUGAUGGAGACUGAGCGUAUUCAGCUGAUUGGUGACCUCUUGAUUCUGCGUGGCCUCGAACCAAAGGACGUUAAACUAUACCGAUAUGGAUAUGAGUACGAGCCGAAACGUUUCGCGACGGUCUGUUUCUUCCCUGUCUUCUUGAAGGGCCAAUUUGAGGUGAGCUGUCUCACGACCAGAGACGCAACGACACUAAACACGCUAAUCGUUUCUCGACAAUUACAUAUUUAA